AUGGCUCACCAGCAACUGCCGGACUUCGACGACGAGAAAGACAGCUGGAAGCCGUAUGUCAUCAAGGCAGAAGCGUACUUUGAGGCAACGGGCGUGACAGAGUCAGCCAAGAAAUGGGCGUUGUUGAUGGCAGCCUUAAGUACUCGCACUGUCCAGAUAUUGGCAGGAAGAAUAGCGCCCAAGAAGCCUAAUUCUUUGGAGUACGAAGACGUCGUGAAAGCCUUGGACGAGUUCUUUGAUCCCAAGCGCCAUGAGAUUGCUGAAAGUUUCCGCUUUUUCAACUGCUGCCAGCUCGACGGUGAGUCUCCGCCGACUGCACGGCUGUCUACCAGCACGCAGAUCCUUUCGGAUAUAAUCUACGAGUUUCCAGAUGUCUUCAGCUCGGAACUAGGCCUCAACAAAGGACCUGCGGCGCACCUGCAGCUCAAGGAAGGAGUCACACCCAAGUUCUACCACCAGCCGCUCCUGGGCCUGCUGAGAUCGGAUCGGCCAACUCCACCGCUGGCAGCUGCUCGUAUACAGCGCUGGGCGCUGUAUUUGGGCGGAUUCCGCUACAAGCUGCAGUAUUAUCCAGGCAAAUCAGGUGAAUCAGAUGAGUGGACCCUGGCACCGGACGCGAACGUGUACAUCCGCAACUUUGGCAAGGGUGAAAAGUGGAAGACCGGCACGGUACAGUCGGCCGACGGAGCGAGGAUGGUGAGAGUCGAGACGCCAGAUGGCCUUGUUUGGAGACAUGUGGAUCAAGUUCACACAAGGAGAGACUCGGUUGAACCCCAACGUGACAGGGAAGGGGAGAGUAUGCCUAAGUCGAGAACUACGCAAGAAACUCCCGGAUCAGGACCAAGCGCGAAGGCGGAACUCCGUCAGUCACCACACCAGCUGCAAUCAUCAUCCCCAACCCAAGACCAGGAAAAGCAGAAGACCAGGGAACCUACAUUGACCACAGAACUCCGACGCUCAACACGACAGCGGAAACCUGUGCAGCGUCUCCAGUAUUAUUGA